AUGGAGGAGGGCGAGCGGCGCCGGGCCGAGCGGUCCGCCCUCGAGGUCUUCGCGGAGCAGCUCAAGAAGAAGGAACUAAAACCCGUGGACCACGCGCGCGAGAACUACGUGAAGAUCCGGAAGAACUUCUACGUCGUGCCCCGCGCUUUGGGCGCUUUGAGCGCCGCGGACGUCGCGCUGCGGCGCGACGCCGACGAGAUCAAGGUCCGGGGCAAGGGCUGCCCGCCGCCCAUCGAGACCUGGGGCCAGUGCGGCCUGCCGGACAAGGCGCACGGCGCGCUCGUCAAGGCCUUCGGGGACCACACGGAGCCCUUCCCCAUCCAGAAGCAGGCCCUGCCCGCGCUCAUGAGCGGCCGCGACGUCAUCGGCAUCGCGAAGACGGGCUCCGGGAAGACGCUGGCCUUCGUGCUCCCGCUGCUGCGCCACAUCAUGGACCAGCCGCCGAUCGUCGACGGCGGCGACGGCCCCGUGGCGCUGAUCCUGGCGCCGGCGCGGGAGCUCGCGCUCCAGAUCUGGCGCGAGGCGAAGCGCUUCGCGAACCCGCUGGGCCUGCGGGCCAUCGCGGUCUACGGCGGCGCCAAGGUCGCGGACCAGAUCGCGGACCUGAAGCGCGGCGCGGAGAUCGUCGUCGCGACGCCGGGCCGCCUCAUCGACAUCCUCACCAUGUCCCAGGGGCGCUUGAUCGGGUUGCGGCGCGUGUCCUACGUCGUCCUCGACGAGGCGGACCGCAUGUUCGACAUGGGCUUCGAGCCGCAGAUCGCGAUGAUCCUGCGGAACGCGCGGCCCGACCGGCAGACGGCGCUCUUCUCGGCGACGUUCCCCCGGGCCGUGGAGCAGCUCGCGCGCAAGGCGCUCUCCUAUCCGCUGGAGAUCGUCGCCGGCGGGCGGUCCGUCGCCGCGGACACCGUCGACCAGUACGUCGAGCUCCGCGCCGAGGGCACCAAGUUCAUGCGCCUGCUCCAAUUGCUGGGCCACUGGUUCGAGCGGGGGUCCGUGUUGAUCUUCGUCGACACGCAGCUCAAGUGCGACUCCAUCUACGAGCAGCUCAUGAAGGCGGGCUACAGGGCAGCAAAAGAGAGCGAAAUUCCCAACUUCAAAGGCUCCGAUCUCGGCCAUUUUCCACUCGCGGGCUACCCGGCGCUGUCGCUCCACGGCGGCAAGGACCAGGCGGACCGCGACGGCACCAUCUCGGACUUCAAGAGCGGCGUCGCGACGGUGCUCGUGGCGACGUCCGUCGCGGGCCGCGGCCUGGACGUGCCGUCCAUCGUCUGCGUCGUCAACUACUCCGCGCCGAACCACCUCGAGGACUACGUGCACCGCGUCGGCCGCACGGGCCGCGCGGGCCGCGCGGGCACGGCCUACACGUUCCUCGACCCCGUCAACGAGGACGCCUACGCGCCCAUCCUCCACAAGGCGCUGAAGCAGGCGAAGAUGGCCAUCCCGCCGGAGCUCGCGGAGCUCUCGAAGAAGUUCGCGACGGCCGCCGCCGCGGGCGAGAAGCAGUGGGCGUCGUCGGGCUACGCGGGCCGGGGCUACAAGUUCGACGACGACGAGCUCGACGGCGAGAAGGCGGCGGCGCGGGACCAGCGCAAGGCCAUGGAGGCCGAGAUGGGGCUCCACGACCCGGACCUCCGCGACGACGACGACGACGGCGGCGACGCCGAGGCCGAGGCGAAGAACGCGGCCGCGCGCGCGGCGCUCGCCGCCGAGGCCGCGGCGCCGGACGCGACGGCCCUCGCGACGGCGCCGGCGCCCGGCGCCGCGGCCGCGGGCAUGUCGCCGCUCGAGCGCGCGAAGCUUUUGGCGGCGCAGUUCGGCCGGGGCCAGCAGGCCGGCGGCGGCGGCGCCUUCGCGGCGCUCGCCGCCGCCGCGAGGCCCGCGGGGGGCGCCGCCCAGCCCCUGGACUCGCUCCAGUCGCCGCAGCACGCCGCGCUCGCGCGCGCGCGGGCGCUCGCGGCGCAGAUGGGCGGCGCCGCGCCGCCGGUGCUCCAGCCCGCGGCGCCGGCGGCCAUCCCCGUGCUCGGCGGCGUCCAGACGCUGCCGGGCGGCCACUGCUACGACGAGCUCGACGUCAACGACUACCCGGGCGAGGCGCGCUACCGCGCGACGCACCGCGACAACAUCCUCCGCGUCCAGGAGGAGACGGGCUGCGCGAUCAUCGCCCGGGGCCAGUACAUCGCGCCGGGCAAGGCGCCGGAGCCGGGCCAGAAGCGCCUCUACCUCGCCCUCGAGGCCAAGGACGAGCUCUCCAUCAAGCACGCCAAGGCCGAGUUGAAGCGCCUCCUCGACGAGGAGACGCGCGAGCUCGCGACGUCCGGCGGCAAGCGCGGCCGCGACGCCAUGGCCAACUACGGCAAGUACAGCCUGAUCUAG